AUGGUUUCAAUAGUAGAUUCAUUGUCAUUCUUAGAUAGUCCCAAAAUCAAUUGGAAGUUGAUCAUUGCCGGAUUUACAGUUGGUCAAUAUGUGUUUGAAACUUAUCUCGAUUAUAGACAGUACCAGGUCUUAAAGAACAAAUCGCCACCGGCAUCCAUAAAAGCAGAAGUAGAUCAAGCCACUUUUGACAAAUCACAGAAAUAUUCCCGUUCAAAAGCGAAAUUUUCCAUUUUUUCAUCCACGUUUGGCUUGUUGCAAAACUUGGCGAUUUUGCACUAUGACUUUUUGCCCAAACUUUGGACUAAAAGUGGAGCUGUUAUGGAUGCGAUAAGUUUCCUCUUGCCCAAAUUCAUGGGCGGUGUCAUUACUCAAUCAAUUCUUUUCGUGUUCAAUUUCCUGGUGAUUAGCACCAUUGUUGGUUUGCCCUUGAGUUAUUAUAGUAAUUUUGUCUUGGAAGAAAAAUAUGGUUUCAACAAGCAAACGAUUGGAUUGUGGAUUACUGACAAGUUGAAAGGUAUUGCGCUUACUCUCGUUUUGGGAUCUCCAGUUAUUGCUGGUGUGUUGAAGAUUAUCGACUAUUUUGGCAACUCUUUCAUUUUCUACUUGAUGGGAUUCUUUUUGUUUGUGAACUUGGUUGCGAUGACGAUUGUUCCUACUUUGAUAAUGCCUUUAUUCAACAAAUUCACCCCGUUGGAAGAUGGAGAAUUAAAGACAGCUAUUGAAGCCUUGGCCUCAGCACAGAAAUUCCCAUUACAAAAGUUGCAAGUCAUUGAUGGAUCAAAACGUUCUUCCCAUUCGAAUGCUUACUUUACUGGUUUACCAUGGAGUAAACAAAUUGUUUUAUUCGACACUUUGAUUGAGCAUAACACAACUGAGGAAACGGUUGCGGUGUUGGCGCAUGAAAUUGGCCAUUGGAGAUUGAACCAUAUUCCCAAAAUGCUUGCCAUGCAACAGGCCCAUUUUUUCAUAAUCUUUUCCUUGUUCUCAGCUUUUGUAAAUAACAAAUCUUUGUACGCCUCAUUUGGAUUCUACAGCCAACAGCCAAUCUUGAUUGGUCUCAUGCUUUUUAGUGACAUCUUGCAGCCAUUGGAGUGUGUCUUGACUUUUGUUCAAAAUUUGGUGUCGAGAAAACACGAAUACGAUGCUGACAAAUAUGCAUAUGAUUGCGGAUACUCCGAGGAAUUAAGUAGAUCUUUGAUCAAGUUGUCAAACAAGAACUUGUCAAGUAUGAAUGCCGACUGGUUGUACUCCUCAUUCCAUUACUCGCACCCAAUCUUACCUGAAAGAUUGAGUGCAUUAGGUUAUGUUUCCAAGGAAAAGAUUGGUUCAGGUGAUUUAAAACCAGAGGGCUUUGAGGAUGUUGAAAUUACUAAGGAAAAACAGGAGAAGCAGGAAUAG